CUGCAGCCUGCUUCUUGACAUCCAUCACACACUCUCACCGAACCAGAGGCUGUCACGAUGCCAAGGAACCAGAAUGGAACCUGGGAGAUGGAGAGUAAUGACAACUUUGAUGGCUACAUGAAGGCCCUAAAUAUUGAUUUUCCCACCCGCACGAUUGCAGUGCGUCUGACUCAGACAAAGAUUAUCCAUCAAGACGGUGAUAACUUCAAAACAAAAACCACCAGCACGUUUCGCAACUAUGAUGUGGAUUUCACUGUUGGAGUGGAGUUUAAUGAGUACACGAAGGGCCUGGAUAAUCGGGAUGUUAAGACACUGGUCAUCUGGGAAGGAGAUGUCCUUGUGUGCGUGCAAAAGGGGGAGAAGGAGAACCGUGGCUGGAGGCAAUGGGUAGAGGGGGACAAGCUAUACCUGGAGCUGACCUGUGGUGACCAGGUGUGCCGUCAAGUGUUCAAAAGGAAGUGAUGACCAUGAUGAUGCUGUCCAGCAAGUGCUCCCCCACUUCCCAGGCAGAGUCCUCUGCUGACUUCGGGACACAGCUGUGGGGGCGCUCCCACUCCUGACAGAGCCCCACGAAGGCAUCUGGAUGGAUUUGAAACAGACUGUGUGUGUAACAACGAUAGACAUCUCCUCCUUUGAAACUUAACAUUAAAUGGAAAGACAAAAAUUACUCCCAUGUUUUGAAACGCUUU